AGUUGUCAACACGCGGCUAGUGGGCCGGCAUUUUGUUAUUUUCAUUUGGAACUUGCCGAAAUAAAAUGAAUGACUUGAGUUUGCGCGUAACUGCGCUUAAAUUAUGCGCACAUCCAAAACUUUUUGCCGAAAUGCGUUCGGCGCCCGUGCGCAUGCCAAUAAAAUGGCAAAAUUCUCAGGAGGAUUAUGUGCAGCAAUUUGCGGCAGCCACCACAUGCAACGAGCAGAUCACGGUAGUCAAGGUGAUCUUUGGGAAAGCUGAAGCAUUUGCAUUUCUUGCCGAUUUACUAUUUGUUUGUCCCCUUAAGCAUCCAGUGCGUGGCAUUCUAAAGAGACUCUUCUCGAGCAACGAGGUGAACAAACGCAAUAAUGCCAUACACACCAAGGAUGCCAUGCUACGAGUCCUGCGCGAUGCACUGCAGCAGCUGGCGGAGCAAAUUGCCGACAGCAAUAUAAACAUUGAUACGCUGAAUGAUGUCCUUGUCUCUGUUGGAGCUUGUCUGCAUAGUUUUGCCUUUGGCCGCGAUGCGUUGGCCAAGGAGAUUGACGCGUUUAUUCCCUUGCUGCCCCGCGUCUUGAGACGCUACUGGACUUCGAUUAGCGAGGCUACUGUAGAGUUGUCGCCAACGCGACGCAACGAAUUUUAUUUGUUUAUACAGAAUCUGUUGCGAUUCUAUGUCAAUUUCAUGGUGGACCUCAAACAGUUUCUUGUGCCACAGCAGUGCGAACCGUUGCGUCUCAUUAGCGAGCUGGCCGCAAGCGUGGCACGUCACUUGGACACGCCGUGGAAUGUGCGUUCCAUUGCCGGCUUGGCCAUUGGACACAAUGCGCGAUUCUUCAACGAUUUCGACGAGUAUAUGCGCAGUUGUCAUGCGAUCAGCGCUUUUGAGGAGCUGCCCAUCAAAGCGGCGUCAUUGCUGGUGCUGCAGAAGACCGAUUAUGUCGAGCGUGCAGUGCAGGCGUUGGAGAUUUUGAAGAGCAUCAUCGAUCAGGUCAAUGCAGCCGGUGAUGUGACCAAUCUGCUUGUCUAUAUGUCCAAGCAUUUGCACACCUAUUCGAAAUCAUUGUCGUGCAUUGUGCUGCAGGAUCGUCCGCUGGUCAUCUACAAUCUGAUACUCGUGCUGCUGUUGAAAUUCGCUCUGCAGCACAUUGGCAGCAGCGUGAAGUCCAUACGCCACAUGGCCGCCAGUCUGUUGCAACAGGUGCUGAUCCAUGCCAAGGCGACGGGACAGACGAGCAUCAAGCAACAGGUGUUCGCGCAGCUGGGACGCGAGCAUAUACCGCUGACCUCGUUGUGCCUCAUUGUGCAGCAGCUGGUGGAGAUAAUGGGCACCAGAGAUGUGCUAUUCCAUUGCCCGGCCGUGUUUCAAAAGAUCUUUCUCUUCUACCUGGGACUCGAUGACAAUGUCAACUCAUUGUACAAGUCUAUGAUGACGGUCGCCCACAAGGAGGAGAACUUCAAGGACUGGUACAACAUUUGGGUCGUGACGCUGCUGCGUCAGGCUCAACCGUACAACGAGCGUUUCGCGGUAAUAGAACGCCUCAUCAAGAGCACCGUGGAGCUGGACGGUCAAGUGCUCGGCGAACUCUGUCAGUACAAGAAUCUAACGCUCAGCACCAAACUGGCAGCGAUGUCGACAGCACGUCGUCAUGGCCAACAGCAAGCGGUUAAGCAGCUACUCGGUGAACUCUCGAUACAGAUCAAUCAGGCAAUGAUGGGCUUCGACGAUAACACACGUCUGAUGGCCUUGGCAUUUGUGGUGGAGACGCCGCGUCUUAGUGAACCGUUUUCACAAUUCGAGAUCGAUGCCAUCAUGUGUUUUCUGCAUCACAAUUGCAACACGCCGAACGCUCACGUGCGGCAAAUUGCACGCGGUCUGCUGCAGAAGGGUUUCAAGCGGCUCGAAUUGAAUCUGGCGCAGCAGCUGAAGGAGAAGGGCGGUGCGGAGCAGCUGCAGCUGCAGCAUCAGCCACACACUCAUAUACUCAGCAAGUUCGUCAACGAUUUGCUAACUCUGCUCUCGCUGAAUCUGUUUCCCACUGCCAACUACGGACGGCGUUGGAUAUCGAUGCAAUUGAUUGGCGAUCUAUUGGAUUUGCUCGAACGUCUGCGUCUGCAACAAUUCUAUCAAUUGCCAGCGAUUGCGUUGACCUAUCUGGAGCAUUGUCUGCGCGACAGAUACGAGGACAACAAGCUGUUGGCUGCCGGGAUUUUGGCCAAAUUGCAGCCAUGCAUACAACUGAAACCGUUGGACAUAAUGCAACAUUUGGUGUCGCAACGUCCGCCCGAUUCGGUGACGGGUGCGUAUCAGCUGCAGGUCUAUUGCCAGGCCCACCAAGUGGCUGUGGAGUUGCCCGAGGAGCUGUUGCAGCACGUUCGCGAAUUGCCCGAGGUGCAGCCACGUUACUAUCUGGUGUUGCAAUGGUGUCUGCGCGAGUUGCGCGCAGGCAUUGCGAUGGCUGAGGUGGAUCUGACGCAGACGGCGCGACACAAUCCGAUGUAUGGACUGCUCUUUGCCAGCCGGCAUUUGCUGCAGCAGUUGAAGCUGACAGAGCUGGCCGAGGAGGCGUUGUGGCGUCAAUAUAUCAACGAGUUGCUCGAGGCCAGCAUGGGAGUCAGCGAACUGAUGCUGACGGUGGUGGCGAGCGAGUCACCCGAGGGACAUGUGCCAACUGCAGAGACUGCAGAGGAGGAGCAACCAGAGGAGGAGGAGCAACAAGCAGAGGAGGAGGAGGAGGAACAAGUGGAAGACACAGAUCAAGCAAAGGCAGCUGCAGAGGCCGCUGCCGCUGCUCACACGUUGACCUCACAGCUGGUGCUGUUGUGCGCCUGGCGUAGCAUCAAGGAGGUGUCACUCAUCACCGGCGAACUCGUGCACAAUGCGCCACUGCAGCAGGAGCAACAGCAACAGAAGCAGCCACAACAUCUGCUCAGUCAACAGCAGGUGGCACAAAUUGGCGAACACUUUCUGCUGCUGCUGUCGGAGAUCAAGCAUCGCGGCGCCUUCGAGCAGGCCUAUGAGGGAUUCACGCUACUCUGUCGCCGCUUCUGGCACAGCGAUGAGCCGGCAUUGAAUCAGCUGCCACAACAAUGGCUGGACGAGGCAAUGGCCUUGGUGGCGGGCAGCGAAGGCGCCGGCGGCGGCGGCAACAAGAUUUGCCCCACACGACGCAGCGCUGGCGUUCCCUACAUGCUGCAGGCACUGAUCUGCACCGAACUGAAGCUGGGCACGCACAACACCUUCAGUCGCAGCAUGAAACUCCUUCUCGAGGUGUGCGAACGCCGUGAACCCGGCUCCGCUGCGUCCACGGCUCGCAGUCAUGCGCUGAACAUCAUGCGUGCGCUGUUCCGUUGCAGCGAAUUGUCGGAGCUGGUGGGCGAGUUCAUUGGCCGCGGCGUCAGAUGUGCGUUGGAGAGUCUCGUGGCCAGCGAAUGGGCCGAACGCAAUCGCGCCACGUUGCUGCUGUCCGCCCUGAUUGUGCGCAUCUUUGGCGUGGAGCGGGCACGCAACGAAGUUGGCGAUUUGCAUUUGCGCAAUCGCAUGACCGGACGCAUUUUCUUCACUCGCUAUCCGGCGCUCUUCGAUUACUUUCACACGAUGCUGGGUCAGGCGGCAUCGCGACAGUUCGUCCAGUCGACUGGCGGUCAAACUGUCCAGCUGGAGGCCAUGCUGCAGUUCCUCAGUCGACUCUAUCCCUCGACACUGGAGGGCAUCGAAAAUACACUGAGUCUUAAUGAAUUUGUGUCCUUCCUGCAGCGCAUCUGUUGUGUGCACGAUUAUAUGACACGUGUGAGAGCCAGCCAGGUGUUGGCCAAUUUUACCAGCAUCAAGACGGCCAAGGAGCGAAUUGCGCAUAUUCUAAUGGUGCUCAACUUGAAGCAUUUCAAGCACAAGCCGGUAAGACGACUCUAUGCCAAGGACUUGAAUGCAGUUCAUGGCCAUCUGCUGCAGUUGCUGGAACUGUAUUGGAUUGUGUGGAAGGACAGCAAACUGAUGUCUGCCAUGCUGCACACAGUUGCCCAAUUGGCGCUCACCGUAUUCGAUGAGGAUAUUUAUCUGUUCAACGCCGCCUUGAAUGUGCUGAUUGCCAUACUACAAGAUGCCAACGAUGGGAUGUCUAUCAAUGAUAAAUUGUUGGCACUGUUGCAGCGCAUUUACGCACUGGAUCAUGCAACAGUUUAUGAACGCUGCAAUAGUUACACGAUAUCACCGAAGUUCUUUGAGGUCUAUGGCCUCCAUUUGCAUCGGAUCACACAAAAUGCGGACGUCAUACUCGAGCACAUGGUUAAGACGCUGAUCAAGCCCAAGGAGCAGCAACGUCCAGAGAUGCAACAAUUCGCCAUCGAUCUGUUUUUGCAUCUACUCUCCGAUCAGGCGAAUAAUGUGCGCUGCACACGUGGCAUAAUCGAUAGCUUUGAAUUGAAGAACUUUCAAUUCGAUCCCGAUGCUUUGGCCUAUUGCAAGGCACUCGGACUCAAGGUGCGUAUCGAACUCAAUGUGCUUACCGGGCAAUUGCGUCAGCGUCGCGAGCUCAUCGACUUUGCGCUGCAGCUGGCCAACGAUGUGGUAAAGGAGCGCGGACAUUCUCCGCAAUUGGGGAGCACAGUUUACACGUUGCUCUCGCUAUUGGGCGACGAACUGGAGCUGCCAAUCACUGAGCUGUUGGAGCGUCGCAACUGCGACAUUGAACCCGGUUUGGUGUUGUGCGUGACGCGUCAGGUUAUGUUGGAGAAUAUACGAACGCUGGAGGGGGAAGAGUAUCAGCAAUUUUGGCUAAACAUUUUACACUAUGCACUGGACAUCAGUGAUCCCAAGCAGAAGCCAUAUCUGCGCUAUAAGGCUGCCCAACUGACCGAUCGCAUUGGGAUACACAUUCGACAAUUGUUUCCCACGGGCAAUGUCCAAAUUGUGGGCAACUAUAUACGUCUGGUGCUCCAGCUGCUGGUGGAUGAGUCCGAUCUGGUGCGAAAUUGUGCUGCCGAAAUGGUCGCAAAUAGUUGCGGGGAGUCGGAUCAAGCCGUCGCCACAUUCGCCAUGCUGCCAACGACAGCGGAAAUCUAUUUCCUGAAACAUGUGCUGCAUAGUCUGAAGCGAUUUGAGAACGAUGGCACCUUCCUAAUCGGCAUAUUCAUCACCGCCGUCGAGCCAUUUGUGAGCGCAGAAUUCUUGGAUGGCCGUUUCCACAAGGAUGAGCCGGAGGAGAAGAUUUCGGAAACGAUGGAGGAUAGUGAAGUGUUUGAUAAACAGGAUCCGCACAUCUAUUGUGAGGGACUCCGUGUUGCUUCGGUCAUCUGUAAUAAUUUCCGUGUCGUAUUUGGUCAGAAUAAGGAAUUGAUUUGCGCUUUCGAUGCCAUCGAUAAGCUCACCAUGUGCCUCUGCACAAAUAUUACGCCGUAUAUUCCACAGGUUUCAACGUAAUCUUAAUCACACCCAGUCAAAAUAUACCUCAAGGAGAGAGCUACAAAGAGGCUUCACCCAUAUUGUACAAUUGGUAAAUUGAAAAAUUGCCAUCCCUUGUCUAUGGGUUACCCAAAAAAUAAUAAAAACAAUUCAAAAAUACAUUACACAUUGGUAUAUCCCAGGUCCAUCAAAGGCGGACUUAAAACUUGUUAUUCAACGAUUGUUGCCUUACUUUGAUUAUCAAUAAAAACUGAUUUAACUAUACAACCAA